AUCAGCAAUUCAGAUUGCAUGCAAAUGCCCUGUGAACGGAGCGUCGUUCUGAAAAGACAGCGAGUGCGUGCGCGAGGGGGGUGAGUGAGCAGAGGCAUUCCUCGUUCCUCUCUUUAUUCUUCUCUGUCUGCCGGCUGAUGCGCGCGCGUUCACUCAGCGCAGAUAUGAGCACAGAUAGCAGUGAAGUUUGAAGAACGCAGAGAGCAGCGCGGGUCGGAUUAGUAUUUAUAUCAAACUUCAAGUUCUUUACUUUCUCUUUGAACCGUUUGGUUUGACCAUGGGCUCUUUUUGUAGAAAGGCGUUUUACUGGCCCGUUUGGUCAUUUGCUGUUGUUUUUGUGCUUUUGAGUUCGCGUUGUCAUGGUAGUUGUUCAGAAAAGGAGCUGGAAAAACGAGAAGAAGAAGCGAAUAUAGUUUUGACUGGGACUGUAGAGGAGAUCUUGAACAUGGAUCCAGUGCACAACACGUAUUCCUGCAAGGUCAGAGUAUGGCGUUACCUAAAAGGCAAGACCAUGGUGAAUGGAGAGGUGCUGCUGGAUGGAGGAAACAAGGUGAUGAUCGGCGGAUUCGGAGACCCCCAUAUUUGCGAUAAUCAGGUGGCCACCGGAGAUACGCGCAUUUUCUUUGUCAACCUGCCUCCUCAGUUCAUGUGGCAGAGCCAGAACGAACUGAUGCUCAACUCAAGCCUGAUGAGGAUUACUCUCCGCAAUUUGGAGGAGGUGGAGCACUGCGUUGAAGGUAAGAAACACUUUAAUGACUCAGCAUAAAGCUGUAAUUCACAU